UCUCUUUUUCAAUCAAUCCGAAUAACUUACUUUCUUUUCGAGUUCCUAUUUUUUCACCACUAAUGCAAAGUUACAACCUUACUCUCACAUGCUAUAAUUUUCUGGUAAGUUUGGUUCACCGUUGGAAGCUUAGUCUAGUAACGCCACCAAUUCCAAGCUUUUUUUUCUGUCUCUAUUUUCCUAGUAGGAAAAAUGGCAACUUGUCUCGUUGUAGCAAACUCUUUACUUUCAUCUCCUCGUCCACCCCAACCCAGCGCCCAAAAACAUCCUCUUCAACCCAUCUCAUCUCUCUCCCUGCUUCACUUCCCCAAAGCCCCCAAAAAUUCCACCAAUCACACAUUCCCUGAAGCCCAUGUUCUCCACUCAGAUUCUCGUAGAAUCCGAUUUCUUGCCCGAGCUUCACUUGGGGAGACUGAUGCCUCCUCUGACGAGCCUCUGCCUCUGGUGGGUGAGGACUCUGCAGCCUUCGAUUUGGGGACCCAAAACAUCGUUUCCUGGGUUUAUUUUACUGUUAUUUUGGGAGUUGCUCUUUAUGUUCUUGAUGUUGUCUGGAUUGAUAACUCUACUGGCUUUGGAAAAGUUUUUAUUGAUGCUGUUUCAAGCCUCUCUGACAGCCAUGAGAUUGUAAUGUUGAUCCUCAUUCUCAUAUUUGCCACUGUCCAUAGUGGCUUGGCUAGUUUCCGGGACAUGGGUGAGAAACUCUUGGGAAAACGUGCAUACCGUGUUCUUUUUGCUGGCUUAUCUCUUCCAUUGGCUGUUAGCACAGUUGUAUACUUCAUCAACCACAGGUAUGAUGGCCUGCAGUUAUGGCAGCUUCAAAAUGCUCCAGGAGUCCAUCAACUUGUAUGGCUUUCAAAUUUUAUUUCCUUCUUUUUCCUGUAUCCUUCUACCUUUAAUUUACUAGAGGUAGCAGCCGUGGACAAGCCUAAAAUGCAUCUUUGGGAAACUGGCAUCAUGAGAAUCACCCGACAUCCACAGAUGGUAGGGCAGGUGAUCUGGUGCAUGGCCCACACAAUUUGGAUUGGAAACUCUGUAGCCAUUUCAGCCUCUGUUGGUUUGAUUGGACAUCAUCUAUUUGGUGUUUGGAAUGGUGACAGGAGACUAGCUAUGCAACACGGGGAGGCUUUUGAAGCUGUAAAGAAGCGAACAAGCAUCAUUCCAUUUGCAGCUAUCCUUGAUGGCCGUCAAAAAUUGCCCAAAGAUUACUACAAGGAAUUUAUUCGAUUGCCCUAUUUGACCAUCACUGCGUUGACACUAGCUGCAUAUUUUCUGCAUCCAGUAAUGCAGGCAGCUAGUUUCCGGCUCCAUUGGUAGUGUCACCGGGUUUAUUAUAUUCUGAAAAUUGUAUAUAAAAAUCCACGAAGGGACGCCUAUUGGGAUUGAGAUGGUUACACGUUUAUAAAGACUUGUUCACAAAUUAAGAGUCUUGCUCAUGUACCUGAAUCCUGAAUCUCUCUAAUUUUGAUUAGGAUUUGGUCAGGGCAAGUGAAACAUCUAUAUCGAAAUUUAAAUGGUAUGAGCCAUGAAUUUGGCUACUUACUUUUUCUUCUCAUCAAGCUGUCAC